AUGCUGAGUGCUUGGAUAUUUGCAGCUCUAUUGGCCCUCCAAUGGGACGCCGCUACAGGAGCGUCCUUCGAGACUGAGUUGCCAGAAAAAUGUGUUAGUCGGCGACUUAUUAACCGUUAUCAGUUAAAUGAGGAAAUCUACGGACAAGGGAAGUGCGGAAAUAAUUAUCAGACGAAAUAUCGAGAUAAGCGCCGUGUCGAUCCAACUUUCCAUGGCAAUCCCAAGCCGAGGGCAGAUCUUUUGGCCGGCAAAUUUCACGUAAAUUCGUACAACUUCGAUCAGACGAACUCUUUGGUGGGUUUGGUUAAGAAAAUAGCCGAGGAGUACCUUAAAAAAUGCCCGCCAAUCAUAUAUUACGAUAGUUUUGUCGAAAAAUCAGAUGGCCUGAUUCUAGAGAACUUAUUCAAGACUCUCCCCAUUACUUUUUACCAUGGCGAGAUUAAUGCUCGCUAUGAAGCAAAAAACUCCCACUUCACAAGCCCUAUAGAUAGUAAUUGCAAAAGUUACAUCCUAUUCCUUUCGGACCCACUGAUGACGCGUAAGAUUCUGGGCGCCCAAACAGAAAGUCGGGUGGUCCUCGUCUCUAGGUCAACACAGUGGAAGCUCCGUGACUUUUUGUCUUCGGAACUGUCUUCGAACAUUGUCAAUUUGCUAGUAAUCGGAGAAUCCCUUAUGGCCGACCCAAUGCGAGAACGUCCAUACGUGUUGUACACCCACAAGCUAUACGCAGAUGGCCUCGGCUCUAAUGUUCCCGUGGUGCUCACCAGCUGGAUAAAGGGAGCUUUGUCCCGACCACACAUCAAUCUCUUUCCUCCAAAAUUCCAAAUGGGUUUCGCCGGCCAUCGCUUCCAAGUUUCGGCCGCUAAUCAGCCGCCCUUUAUCUUCCGCAUCCGUACUUUGGACUCCUCGGGCAUAGGCCAGUUGCGGUGGGACGGCGUGGAGUUUCGGCUUUUGAACAUGAUCGCAAAGCGCCUAAACUUUUCGGUGGACAUCACCGAAACGCCCACGAGAGCCUUAACGCGCGGAGUCGUUGACAACAUCCAACAGCAGGUCGUGCAGCGGUCAGUAGAUAUAGGGAUGUCCGGCAUUUAUAUAACCGAGGAGCGGCUGCGAGAUUCGGACAUGUCCGUGGGACACUCACGUGACUGUGCAGCUUUCAUAACGCUGGCGUCAAAAGCGCUUCCCAAGUACAGGGCGAUCAUGGGACCGUUUCAGUGGCCCGUCUGGGUGGCUCUGAUUUGCGUGUACCUAGGAGGCAUCUUUCCGAUCGUCUUUACCGACCGCCUGACCCUCAGCCACUUGCUGGGCAACUGGGGCGAGAUGGAGAAUAUGUUCUGGUAUGUGUUUGGCAUGUUUACCAACGCGUUCACAUUCAGCGGCAAAUACUCAUGGAGCAGCACGCAGAAGAACUCUACGCGUCUCCUGAUCGGCGCCUACUGGCUAUUUACGAUAAUUAUUACUUCUUGUUACACCGGCUCCAUCAUAGCCUUUGUAACUUUGCCAGCUUUUCCAGAUACGGUGGACUCUGUGAUGGACCUCCUAGGUCUGUUCUUCCGUGUGGGCACCCUGGAUAAUGGGGGAUGGGAGACAUGGUUCCAAAACUCUACUCACAUUCCAACCUCUAGACUGUACAAGAAGAUGGAGUUUGUCGGGACCCUAGAGGAAGGCAUCGGCAACGUCACGCAGAGCUUCUUCUGGAACUACGCUUUUCUCGGCUCUAAGGCUCAACUGGAGUACUUGGUACAGUCGAACUUCUCGGAUGAAAACAUAUCACGACGAUCGGCGCUGCAUCUAAGCGAAGAGUGCUUCGCUCUUUUCCAAAUAGGACUGCUCUUUCCCCGAGAGGCCGUUUACAAGAGCAAGAUAGACUCGAUGAUCCUGUUGGCGCAACAGAGCGGUCUUAUUACCAAAAUAAACAACGAGGUAAGCUGGGCCAUGCAGCGGUCGGCUUCGGGUCGCUUGCUACAGGCCAGUUCGUCGUCGUCGCUGCGGGAGAUCAUACAGGAGGAGCGCCAGCUGACCACGGCAGACACGGAGGGGAUGUUCUUGCUCAUGGCGCUCGGCUACUUUCUGGGAGCCACGGCCCUCGUGUCCGAAAUCGUGGGCGGAAUAACGAACAAGUGCCGGCAGAUCAUAAAGCGCUCUCGAAAGCCGGCAUCCAGCUCCUGGUCUUCCCGCCACAGUUCGGCCGCCAUGGGUGGAGAGCCGCUCACCGAGGCCGAGCAGCAGGCGCACGAUGAACGGAAAGCGGCGCGGCGGAUCGCCGCCGAGGAUGGCCAGAAGAUGAGUUUCGGCAUGCGCGAGUUUAACCUCACCAGGACGACGCUACGCGAGCUUUACGGCAGCUACAGUAGACCCGAUCCGUCCUCCCCUUCUGCGGCGCCCCCCGAGCAUGGCCACUCGAAUGACAUAGUCACCAGAUAUAGCUACUUGGAAGACGACGAGUCGUCCCGGGAAGCCAUCGAGUCGCUGCACCGUUUAGACGACUAUAUUUCGCAGAUGGAUGAGUCUUCUCCGCAGCACUUUUUGCCGGACGAAGUGUUUGGUGCACACACUGAACCGCGCGAUUCUGAAACACAAUAG